AUGGGGAAUCAGACUGCUGCAGUGACCGAGUUUAUUCUGCGGGGGUUUCCCCUCAGCAGGGAGGUGGAGCUGCUGCUCCUGCUGCUCCUGCUGCUCCUGCUGCCCACAUUCCUGCUGACUCUCCUGGGCAACCUGCUCAUCAUCUCCGUUGUGCUGUCCUACUCCCGCCUCCACACUCCUAUGUACUUCUUCCUGUGCAACCUCUCCAUCUUGGACAUCCUCUUCACCUCAGUCAUUUCUCCAAAAGUGCUGGCUAACUAAGGCUCCGGGGAUAAAAGCAUCCCGUUUGCCGGGUGUAUCACCCAGUGCUAUUUCUACUUCUUUCUGGCCACGGUUGAGCUUCUCCUGUUGACGGUCAUGUCCUAUGAUCGGUACGCCGCCAUCUGCUACCCGCUGCGGUACACCACCAUCAUGAGCCCGCCUGUCUGCGUUGGGACCGUUGUGUUCUCUUGGGUGGGCGGCUUCCUGUCUGUGUUGUUUCCAAUCAUCCUCAUCUCCCGGCUGCCCUUCUGUGGCUCCAACAUCGUUAACCACUUCUUCUGUGACAGUGGGCCCUUGCUGGCCCUGGUCUGUGCAGACACCACUGCCAUUGAGCUGAUGGAUUUUAUGCUUUCGUCCACCGUCAUCCUCUGCUGCAUAGUCCUUGUGGCCUAUUCCUGUACGUACAUGAUCUUGACGACAGUGCGCAUUCCUUCUGCAAGCAGAAGGAAGAAGGCCUUUAAUACCUGUGCUUCCCACCUGACCAUCGUCGUCAUUUCUGGGGGCAUCACUGUGUUUAUUUAUGUGACUCCCUCCCAGAAAGAAUAUCUGGAGGUCAACAAGAUCCCCUCAGUACUGACCAGUGUGGUGACUCCAUUCCUCAACCCUUUUAUAUAUACCCUGAGGAAUGACACAGUGCUGAGGGUCCUCAGGGAUGUGUGGGUCUGGGUUCAAGGAAUUUUAGAAAAGAGGAUGAGAGCUGGGACAGUGCUGAGGAGUAGGUUGUCCUUCAACAAACACCACUAA